AUGGCGGUUCCCAAUGAUGAUCUCUCUUUGUCGGCUGCUAUCGAGGCCACAGAGCAUCUGACUUUGAGGGAGUUGACUACUCAUGUUCAUGUGGGGCCCCUCCCCAUAGGCACCAUGACACCGCUCGCGCUGCCUCUGAAGGAGAUCAAUCCCAAUAGUCCAGCCAUCAAGCACUUCCUCGACAUCAUCUACGAUGUGGAUCCAAACCGGGUCAAUGUGGACAACCUCAAGGCCAUCAUCCGGAAUCAGGCUUGGAGUGAACUUCCUGACGUCAUGCAGAUGGCUAGCAGGCCCACCUUUGACUAUGUGAGCCAGUACUUUCUGCUUCCACAGGUAAAUGAAAAGGUCUGUCUCAUCAAGCAUUUCUACAUCAAGGAUGACAAAAUCAAGGGACAAUAUGUCGCACGCUUGGUGAAGGGCCAGGGCUUUGAGAUCUCAUGGCAAGGGGUCAACAAGCACAAGGCAAGGAGGGGAUUCCAAUACAUGCUGGAGCAGCUCGGUGGCAAUCAAUUCCGACGUUUCUCUUUGAGUGCUGAAAAGCGCAAAGUCAUUGCAGGCCGUCCCCCUGCAAAUGGAGAGGAUCAGGAUGCUGGGUGGGAUUUCAUCAUCCAACAUGGAGAACGUGACAAGGGCAACCUCAAGCAACUCCGCUGGAUCCACCGCAACAUCAACGGCGAUGGUAGUCCUAUCCAUGGAUGGAAUGAAAAGCUCGUUCAAAGGGCUUUGGACUCUUUGGCCAAUGAUGGCACCAUGGCGGCUGUCAUCUCCCGGUACAACCUCACUAUUGAUGCCCUUGAGCCCGAUGUCCUUGAGAUCAUUGAGAAAGUUGUUCCUCACCUUCGUGGCCAUGCUCUCUGGCUUCUUGGAGAACCCGGUGUUGGGAAAUCAGCCAGUGACUUCGAUUUCUUUAGGGGCGUCUUCUUCGACAAGACCUGCCCUGCUCUCCAUGAUGAUGGAGAGAUCGGGGGGGAGUUGAUCAAGAAGAAGAAAGCCUUCAGCGACGUUGGCGACCAGGAGACUAUCCUCAAGGAAAGGUGGACUGCCGCCAAAUUUGUGCAACAUCAAAUGAGAAUCGUGCUUGACAACCAGUAUGAUCCAGCCGAUGAGCCCCCAGAGGUUGCGUUGGAAGAUUUCAUCUCGCAUACUGCCUUCAUGAAGUUGGUGAAGCCUGCUUUGGGCUCCAUUGCUGCUGCAGAUGCCAGAGCCAUCCUCAAACGUGCAGUCUUCAUGGUCUUCACCAAAGAAUUCAUCUACUACCGUUUCCCCACGGAGAAGGAAGUUGAUGUGAAGCGUCUGAAGUGGCCUCGUGGUGAUCUCCUGAAAGACUCCUGCAAGCACAUCAUUGGCAACAUGAAGGCAGGAGGUCCCAUGCCUGAUGACUAUGAAGAUCGACAAGAGUUUCCUGGACAACGUUUUCGCCAUCUUCGCUCUGCUUCUGUGUUCAUCAAUCUCAGUGACACACCUCCCCGUGCCUCUGGAGGUGCUUCAUCCCAGCAAGAUGAGAUCUCUCUUCCUGCAGUUGGAGAAGCUCCUGAUGAAGGUGAACUUGAAGCAGACAACAGCGGUGGUGCUUCCUACAACGACGCUUGCUUGAUCGUGUCCUUGCAGAAUCUUGGCUUGCCUGUCUCUUGCCCUUCCCAUGGUCCCUUCUCAGUCUCCUUUGGGAAUACUCUUCUCUUGCCUUUGGGAGUACAAAUGUGCAAUUUGAUCCGUCCAAAGUCUUUGGCAAAUGGCAACUACAUUGUCCAUGACAAGUCGCAUGCCCACUUCUUUGCACUGCAAGUUCGAGAAGGUUUGAUUCUCAAGAAAGAUGGAGACCACACAUCACGCUUGUCUCUGAGCACAGUGAUGAAUAUGUUGACCUCCGAUGUGUAUACCUUCUACAUCUUUCAGAGGCAGUCUCCCGCGGCAUCGCUCUCAGUAGGAUGCAGUGGGAGGACAUGCUAUGGCCACAACUACCGCUGGGAAAAUGGCAAGAAGAUCAAUACAGUAGCUCUUGCCGAUUUGACUGAUGAUGUGCUCUUCAUCAAUUCCAAGAAGGCCUUCUCUGUCAAGUACUUGAAGUAUCACGAGGAGCUUUUCUUUCGUGGUCAUUUGUCCAGUGCUGCAGUCUCUCAUGCAUAUCAUACCGUUCAUGAAGAUGCUGAUGCGCAUAUCUUGUCUCAUUUCCACAAGCUUCACGGCAAUGCCAUCUUCUAUUUCAUGGCUAUUCGAGAGCUGGAGGCUUUGGACGUGCACCAGUCCAUUGUCAUCGAUGAUGAGUUGAAUGAUGCCCACCUCGAGCUAUAUGAAUCUUAUUGUCUCAGCUCUUUGCUUCCACCAGCAGAUCGUCGCAAAGUCACUUCCCUUGUCAUUGACGGUCAUCAGAAGGUCAAGAUGCAGUGUGCCGAAGCCCCCUCCAAGCGUGCAGGGCGCCCACGCAAAUCUGAGACAACCGUUGGAAAUUACACAAACGGUUGGAUGAUGGCCUGCGACCCCACCUCUGGGCGCAUACUUGGAUUGCAGAGCAUGUUUGAGCCUGAAGACAACCAAGUUGCUUCUGACACACUGGAGAAGAUCUUAUGGCUGUAUCCAAAGGCAGAUUGCUUGAUCUAUGAUCGUGCUUGUGCCUUCCAGUCCUUUGCCAAUGCCAAUGCCAACUUGGAGCAGAUCAAAUUCUCCUCUGUUGAUGCAUUCCAUGCGCAUUCUCAUUCCAAGACGUGUCCUUGCAACCCCCGUGCUUCGGUCUAUACGCAUAUUUUUUUGCAAACCUAG